AUGAAAGAGCUUCGCUCCAUACACUCACCGAAAGGUAAGGAGGAGGUAGAGGUAGGGGAGGUGAUGGUAGAAGGGGAGGUAAAGGUAGAGGAGGAUGAGGAAGAUGAGAGCCCGGAACCGCCGCUGAACGAGUUCCAGAUCGGAAUGAAGCUGGAGGCGCAGGAUCCGCGGAGUCUGACGUCGACGUGCAUAGCAACCGUCGUCGGGCUGCACGGGCCGCGGCUGCGGCUGCGAUUGGAUGGCAGUGACAAUCAGAACGACUUCUACCGAUUGGUCGACUCGCGCGACAUCCAUCCAAUCGGCUCGUGCGAGAGGAACGGCGGCAUGCUGCAGCCCCCUCUAGGGUUCCGGAUGAAUGCCUCAGCCUGGCCGAUGUUCCUUUGUAAGACGCUGAACGGAGCAGAGAUGGCGCCAGAGAGCAUCUUUCGAUCGGAGCCGCCCAUGCCGCCGACGAACACGUUUGAGAUCGGAUGCAAGCUGGAGGCGGUCGAUCGCAAGAAUCCGCAGCUCAUCUGCCCGGCAACGAUCGCGGCCGUCGACGGCAACCGCAUCCUCGUCUCGUUCGACGGAUGGCGGGGCGCGUUCGAUUACUGGGUCGACUACGACUGCAGCGACAUCUUCCCCGUCAGCUGGUGCAGCUCCAGCGGCCACUACCUGCAGCCUCCCGGACAGAAGGGAUCGGCAAAGAUCAAGCGCACCAUCAGGGAGAAGGCGGUGUUCCCCCUGAUCAAGCAGGGCUCAGGCAAGGUCAUAGUGACCGCUAACUUCAACGACAAGGCGCACACGGCGCGUCUGCCGGCGGUUGACCGCAGCGCCGCCUUCUGGUCGUUCCUCGAAACGCUCUUCGAGGACCUGAUGAUCUGCGAGAACUUCUACUCCAGUCAGCCACUAGAGGGCGCCUGCAGGAAGUGCGCCAAGCAGGGCGCGUCGAAAGGUUUGGAUGAAGCAAAAUAUAAAUCAGUUACUGGACAUUUGGAAUACUCGCCGAAAUGUGUGCAGAAACAAUUCCCUUAUAUUCACUACGUGUCACAAGCAUGUGAAGUUUACAUCAAGCCUUUAAGAAAAACGUCAACUACAUUACAAUUUAUGACAACGACAAAAGAAGGACCGGAGGGAUUCACUAAGCUGAUGAACGCUACCCAGAAGGAGGCAGGCAAGGAAGUAGCAGAUGCGUGGGAGAAGGAACUAUAA